ACUAUGCUGAAAGAAAAGCUUAUCCAGAAUGUGAAGUGACAUGCUCUGGAUUUAGGAAACUAACGGCAGACUGGAGCAGGGAGCAGGACUUUAUACUUUGAGAGAUCUUUGGACUUUGGAGAUCUUGAUUUGAUCUUUUCGACGUUUUGCCGAGGAUGACAGAAAAAUAAAAUGUUGUUCGAUUGACAAAUGUGCGGGGGCGGUAUCUCUGACUCUAAAGUCUAUUUUUUUCAUCAGAUCAUGCCACGUUUGAGUUCACGCCUGUGACGGGGUGAGCAAAAAUCAUCCUCCUCCUGCGUAGCCUUAACACACAGCUGCUGCUGUCAGACAGCUCAGACCGAAAAGUUACUCAAGUUGUCUCUUAUUUUCCAGAUUUUUUUUUUAUCUCAGCAUCGACUCCUUCAGACCCUGCUGUCCGCCGCCGGUCCGCCCCAGCAUGCUGGACUGACGUCUGAGGAAUGGCAUCGGCUGUGUUUGAAGGCACGUCGCUGGUCAACAUGUUUGUCCGGGACUGCUGGGUCAACGGGAUCCGGAGACUCAUCAUCAGCCGGCGGGGAGAGGAAGAGGACUUCUUCGAGAUACGGACAGAGUGGUCUGACAGGAACAUUUUAUACUUAAAUCGGAGUUAUUCCGAUCUGGGGCGGCUGUUUAAAAGACUGGUGGAGUCCUUUCCUGAGGACAGAAGAGAGCUCUCCAAGUCUCCACUGAUAGAAGGGCUGGUAAAAAUCAAAGAGGCAAAUGACAUUGAGGAGAAAUUAAAUGAGGUGGAAAGACUACUGAAGAAUGCCAUCAACAUGCCGUGCAAGUAUUCCAGGUCAGAGGUGAUGUUGACUUUCUUUGAGCGAUCACCGCUGGACCAGGUGCUGAGGAAUGACAAAGUCCACCGAAUCCAGCCGUGCUUUCAGAGUCCAAUCAAGAUAUCGGAAAUCAUGCGGUCAAAUGGAUUCUGUCUGGCCAAUACAGAAACCAUUGUAUUUGAUCACAGUCUCCCGGAAGAAAAAGAGAGGCCCUCAUCCACAGACUCUGUGGAAGAUACGUAUGAGGAUGGAACAGAGUUUUUGCCAAUGGAAGCAGACCUGUGUGAUGAGGAAACAGAAGCGUAUGUCACCAACCUUUCCUACUACCAUCUGGUCCCAUUUGAAACUGACAUCCUGGAAUGAACAACUGAUGCCUGUUGAUGGACAUCUGAUGCUGUCAUUGAGGAAUAUGUACUCUUAAAUGGAACCUAUAGCUAUGCAACGCUGCAUAUAGCUGCUCCAAGUAAAUGCUGCUUAUCCUAGCAAACUCUAGAGUUGCUUGUCGCCCAUUUUGGAGUGGGGCAGAUGUACAGCGCGCACCAAAAUAUUGGAAGAAUGCAGCAGCUGCACCACUACUUUGUUUUUGCCACUUUGAGCGACGUCAUCACCAGUGUGCCUCAUUCAGAGCCUUACUUGAGUGUGUCAAGAAGAAACGGGAUGGUCUUUAUACUGGCUACAGAGGGCUUUCACGUGUUGUUACACAACCUGUGGCAGCAACAAUGCAGGUUCUUGAGUCCUGAGGCAGAUGCAAACAGCUGGAGAGGUUUCAAAACAUGCAGCUUGACCACUUCAAAAGUAUUCAUCAAACACAUCAUUGUCUGUGGUUUGGAGUGUGAGUACAACCAGAGAGGGGAGGGCCACACGGCAGCCUACAGUAUUGGACCUUUCACUGUUACUUAGAAAUGUAGCUGAAUCGACCAGCAUGCCUUCUUUUUCUAUCUCAAUUGUUUUAUCUGUCGUGUUUAUCCUCCAUAAUGGAAUCGGCCCGGUUUGCCAGGAGAUAUAUGACGCACAUCUGCAAAGCCUAUUGUCUUCUCAUUGAAACUGCUCCCUGAUGUGUUAUCCACAGUGUUACCACUCUGGUGUUUUAUUCCUGUAGGAAUACAGCAAGCUGUCACAAAUAUAUGUGUAUAAUAUUUGUUUAUGGUGCACUUUCCACCAGCAUGUAGGGACUUUUUUUGUUUGUAAAAGACCAGCUUGAAAUGUAUGGGAUGAUUCCUGUUUUGUUGCUGUGAUAUGCAGUUGGUUUUACGUUUAAUGUGAGAAGUUUCACUACAAAUAAACAUAAAAGAAUAGAAGUCAAUGGGCAAAUUUUGUCCAUAAUCUUCUGGUUUUUAGCAUAACAAAAAAAUAAGUUAAUGGAGCGAGAAUAAUGACCCUUUUAUGCUAAUCGACUCACUUGGUUUUUGGAUUACUGUGGAAUUAAAGAAUAUAAAAGAAAUGUUAAAUGUAUCAUUUUGUUGCAACUUUCCAGAGUCAGAACUUAAUGCUGCCUCUUUGGAUGUUGGAAUUUCUUUAUGAAGUUUUGUCUGAAUAAUAAAGUACAGUAUAAUAUGUGUUUGUUAUAUUGCUGAUAAUGUUGCUUAUUUUAUGUUUAUAAACAAAUAAUUUGAUAUAUCAGAGUGUAGAUUGAGUGUUGCCAUUAUGUGAACAGCUAAAUCAUCUCACUGCUGUUGUUGCCAUGAGAUGAGUGAUGAAAUAGUACAUACAGUGUCUGACCCGUGCUGUAAGAUGACGUGUGUGGGUUCAGUCAGACAGCUGACUGUGGGAGUCUGCAGCUCGGCCUGCGAUGGGGGAACAAAUCCUCUCUAUCUUAUGAAGACAAAUGACCUUGCUGUACUAAAACUUUCUAUAGAAAAAGUUGUGUCAAAUAAUCAAACACUCGAUUCAAAUUCAUGCCUUUUGUAUGUUUUCUCGGUUACUUUCACUUCUCGUGGCACCUUUUAUGAAACUAUGGAACUCUGUGAAGCAUUACUUUUGUUUUGAAUGCAAGUGAAAGGCAAAGAAAGUGUAUAUUUGUGUAGGGUUGACUGUAAGGAAGUCAUCUAUAUUCAUUGUUUUGACAGUUUUGUCAAACACAACAGCUUGUGUCCACUUUCUGCCUCUCCAAAUACAAAAGGCAUUCAACCCUCACAAACUUGGCACGCACGGCUUCAAAUGGACGAUCCUCCGCAUGAGUCUAUUUAGUAACACAGUCAUGAUCACCAUUCACCCCAUGAGAAAGUACAGCUCUUUCUCACGGUGUGAAACUAUUUCAUGCUUCUUUUUGUUUUUCUCUUUUCUCCAAGAAUGACGUCUUGAAUUGGAGGAUAUUCUUUGGACAUAAAAGUUUUAGUUGAAAAAGUCAGCGUACAUAAUCGGAAUGAUUAAUGUGAUUCAAUAGAAAUUCUGAUGUUUAUUAAAGGCUGUAUGAGUUCAUAUUUAAAGAUCAAAUAUGUAUUUAGACCUCUAUCUAUCUUAAGACCCUUUGCAGGCUGAGUAAUGUAUUAUAAAUAUUCUGCCACAGUCUCUCAGAUGUUAUGACUAAAAUGGUACUCAUCUGAUGUUUUAUUAACAUAUCAAUAUGCCAAUCAUGCCAGCCAGAGGGUGUGAGGAUUCAUAGGAGGACAGUGUGACAGAUUAUAUGAAAAUAAUAUUACACAACAUUAUGUGAAGCUAACCAUUUUAUGCCUUGCGAUUUUAUUUUUUAAGUGCUCAUGUGUUAUGUGAGAUUUUUGUGUGUGUAAAUAUGUAAAAAGGGUUGAAUGAAGAUAAUCUUAAUUUUGAAAAUGAAGUUUACGUGGUAAUGUUUUUAAAGCUAUUCAGACAGUAUUAGAUACAAAUUAUUAUUAUUAUUCUCAAAACAAAUACAGUAUGUUCCCAAUAAAAGAAAUGUCCAUGUGA